AUGAACCCGCUCCUUGCGGCGGCGAACGCGGCCGGUAACGUCGACGAUGACAAGCUCUCCGACUAUGUCCCCGACAGCCGUGACCUGUCAAUGUCGCGUGCGGCAUCGGCAACUGGCUCGGACGUGCACCACAUCAACACCCGCCCCCAGACUCCGGUGUCCGAUGAGGAGGACGGCGAGGACGAGCUUGGUUCUGACGAGGACUUUGACGAGGAUGCCAUUGCUGGCGGCUCGACCAAGAUGACCGCUUCCGCCAAGCGCCGCGCCGAUGCCGCAACCAGCCGCAAGGCUGCCACUGAGGCUCGCAAGCACCAGAUUGGAGAGAUUAGCAAGAAGAGGAACGCAAUUGAGGAGGCCAAGCUCGCCGACUCGAUGAAGCGCUUCAACUACCUUCUUGGCCAGACUGAGCUGUUCCAGCACUUUAUUGACCUCAAGCGCCAAAGGGAGCCCGAAUUUGCGGCCAUGAUCGAUGCCCAGCUCGCCACCACCACGGCCAAGGGCAAGAAGAAGGCAGCUGACAACCGUCACCGCAAGUCGGAGAAAGAGGAGGAUGAGGAGCUGCUCAAGGACGAGGAGGCUGAGGAUGAGCCGUUUGUUUUCGAGGAGAGCCCACCAUACGUUAAGGGAGGCAAGAUGAGAGAUUACCAGGUCCAGGGUCUCAACUGGAUGGUGUCGCUGCAUCACAACGGUAUCAACGGGAUUCUUGCAGACGAAAUGGGUCUUGGAAAGACGCUCCAGACCAUCUCCUUCCUCGGCUACCUCAAGUUCCACCGCGGAACCGCUGGCCCUCACCUCAUCGUCGUCCCCAAGUCGACUCUUGACAACUGGGCGCGUGAGGUGAACCGCUGGGUUCCCGGCUUCCGUGUUCUUAUUCUCCAGGGCACCAAGGAGGAGCGUGCCGAGCUCAUCAGCCAAAAGAUCCUCACCCAGCAGUUUGACGUGCUCAUCACGUCGUACGAGAUGUGUUUGCGUGAAAAGUCGACCCUCAAAAAGUUCUCUUGGGAGUACAUUAUCAUCGACGAGGCCCACCGUAUCAAGAACGUCGACUCGCUUCUGAGCCAGAUCAUUCGCACGUUUGUCUCGCGUGGUCGCCUUCUCAUUACCGGUACCCCUCUGCAGAACAACCUCCACGAGCUCUGGGCCCUCCUCAACUUUAUUCUCCCCGAUGUCUUUUCGUCUAGCGAGGACUUUGACGCCUGGUUCAAGUCCAAGGAGAGCGAUGAGCCCGACGCGAUUGUCAAGCAGCUGCACAAGGUGCUCCGUCCCUUCCUCCUCCGUCGUGUCAAGGCCGACGUCGAGCACUCGCUUCUGCCCAAGAAGGAGAUCAACCUGUACGUCGGCAUGACCGACAUGCAGCGCAAGUGGUACCGCAUGCUCCUGGAGAAGGACAUUGACGCCGUCAACGGCGCCUCGGGCAAGAAGGAGGGUAAGACUCGUCUCCUCAACAUUGUCAUGCAGCUGCGCAAGUGCUGCAACCACCCGUACCUCUUUGACGGUGCCGAGCCUGGACCCCCUUACACCACGGACGAGCACCUCAUCGACAAUGCAGGCAAGAUGUUGAUCCUCGACAAGCUCCUCAAGUCGAUGAAGGCCAAGGGCUCGCGCGUUCUCAUCUUCUCGCAAAUGAGUCGUGUUCUCGACAUUCUCGAGGACUACUGCCAGUUCAGGCAGUACAACUACUGCCGUAUCGAUGGUAACACGUCCCACGAUGACCGUAUCACUGCGAUUGACGACUACAACGCGCCCGACAGUGAAAAGUUCAUCUUCCUCCUUACCACGCGUGCCGGUGGUCUUGGUAUCAACCUUGUCACUGCCGACAUUGUCGUCCUGUUCGACUCGGACUGGAACCCUCAGGCCGACUUGCAGGCCAUGGACCGUGCCCACCGUAUCGGCCAGACCAAGCAGGUCUACGUCUUCCGUUUCAUUACGCAGGACGCCGUCGAGGAGCGCAUCUUGGAGCGCGCUACGCAAAAGUUGAAGCUCGACCAGCUCGUCAUCCAGGAAGGUCGUGCUCAGCAAAACAGCAAAGUCGGUUCCAACAAGGACGAGCUCCUUGACAUGAUUCAGCACGGUGCCGAGAAGAUUAUCAACAGCUCUGCCAACAUGAUGAUCGACGACGACAUUGAAGAGAUUAUCCGCAAGGGCGAAUCCAAGACCAAGGAGCUCAACUCCAAGUAUGCUGGUCUCGACCUCGACGCGCUCAACAGCUUCCGCUCUGAGAGUCUCAUCAACACUUGGGAGGGCGAGGACUUUGCCCACAAGCGCAAGAGCAUGAUCUGGAUUGAGCCUGCGAAGCGUGAGCGCAAGGGCAACUACUCGAUCGACCAGUACUACCGUGACAACAUGAAGACCACCGUGUCCAAGCCCGACAAGCCCAAGGUGCCCCGUCCCCCCAAGCAGGUCCACAUCAACGACUUCCAGUUCUUCCCUCCUCGCCUUGUCGAGCUCCAGAACCGCGAGUACGACGCCCACCUCAAGGCUCAAAACUACACUGUCCCGGCGCGCGAGCCCGAGGACGGUGAGACUGCCGAGGAGGUCGAGGCGGACCGCAAGGAGGAGCAGGAGCGUAUCAACAACUCGGUGCCCCUCACCGAGGAGGAGACUGCCGAGAAGGAGGACCUCGCCGAGGACGGCUUUGGCGACUGGCAGCGUCGUCACUUCCACAACUUUAUCAGGGCCAUGGAACGUUACGGUCGCGAGGCCCUUGACAAGGUCGCGCAGGAGGUCACCGACAAGACCGAGGAGGACGUUCGCGCAUACGCUGCCGUCUUCCUGGAGCGCUACACCGAGAUCAAGGACGGCGAAAAGUACAUGGACCGUGUGCGCUCGGGCGAGGAGAAGCUGCGCGAGCAGGCCGACAAGAUUACCGCCUUGCACAAAAAGGUCAAGGGCUACAACUACCCCAUGCAGGAGCUCAAGCUCCAGUACGGCCAGAACAAGGGCAAGUCGUACUCUGACGAAGAGGACCGCUUCCUCCUUGUCCGCAUGCACCACCACGGCAUCGACCGCGACGACUGCUACGAGCUCAUCAAGCGCGACGUGGGCGAGUGGCCCCUCUUCCGCUUUGACUGGUUCUUCAAGUCACGCACGCCCGAAGAGCUCCGCCGCCGUGGCGCGACCCUGCUCCUGUGCAUCAUGAAGGACUUCAAGGACGAAGAGGACAAGAAGCCCAAGGGCGGCAAGAAGCGUGCCUUUGACGACCUCAAGUCGGGCGGCGCGUCGCGCGACACCACCCCAAGCACCGUGGGCGACAAGAAGGCGAAGAAGGCUAAGAAGUAG